AUGGCAGACGACUUCGGACUAGAGAAUGUAUCAAGUCCACUGUCAGAUGCUGGGAAUCAUGACAACUACUAUGGCAGACGACUUCGGACUAGGUUUUCUCGGGUUACUAAGUGCCUACUCGUGCUCUCUGCCGGACUUUGGCACGGCUCCAAAGUUAGGAGGCAAAAGCAACUCAACUGGCCGCGAAAAAGUGAAGAUGAACCUUUCAGAUUUGUUUGUUCCGAAGCGGUUUUUUUCAUUCUAGCCGGACUCGGAGUCACGCUUCAGGCUGGCUUCGAGCUCAGGAGGCCCGGCCCAACGCGGUUGACCCAACCUCAGCCACAACUACACUCGCGCUAA